GCGCGCACAUAUAUUUGGUGUUCCAACGGAUCUGUGAUAGCGCUCCUGAAUCAACCAUCCAAUUUGCAUUUCAUAUAUACGUAUAAUCCUUACGUGUAUAUAUACAUUAGUAUUAGUGCCAUAUUUUGCGUGGAUUUUAGUAUUUGCUACUGAGAGAAGCGAUAAUGGAGACAGCGAAGAGGGCACGACCGAGAGACGUCUACGGCGAAAGACGACCACCGCCGGAAUUGCCCUCUUUUCCGCCAGAGAUCAUAAGGGAGAUUCUCCUUCGAUUACCCGCGAAAUCUAUCGGCCGAUUCAGGUGCGUCUCUAAACUCUUUCGAUCUCUCUCGUCGGAUCCUGCGUUUGCGAAGACCCACCUCGAUCUUUCCCUUCGAAACGACGCCUUCCCAUCGGGUCGGACGAGGCUCGUCGUGAAUUACCGCCACAAUUUCUACACGGUAGGUUUCGAUUCCAUCGUUCAUGCGUGCGAGGGGAUAAGAGAUUUGGGUGCUGUUGAGAUCCCUCAGUCUCCUGUCAUGUCCAAUCUCGUCUCAUCGUGUUAUCGGAAAGACCUCUGGAUUGAAAUGGUCGGGUCUUGCAAUGGGUUGCUCUGUACCACUAAUGAAGUAGCCGACGUGUUCUUGUUCAAUCUGACCACUGGAGAAUCAAAGAGAAUUCCGGGUGUGCUCGAAUUGGUUAAUUUGGGGUCCAAAGGGGGUAGAAUCAAUGGGUUCGGGUUCGGGUUCGAUGCCAUAACGGAUGAUUAUACGUUGGUGGCGCUUGUCACGGGCGACGUUCUGAAUGCUACGGUUUACUCUGUCAAGACGGAUUCUUGGAAAUGGGUCAGAGAUUCGCGUUAUGGAUAUGAUGAUAUGAGCGACGAUGGUUUUCUUGUAAACGGUGGAAUCCACUGGGUUGCAAGGCGUCGAGAGGAUGGUCGGAGAGUUGUAGUGGCGUUCGAUCUAACGACUGAGCAGUUCAAAGACAUGGCUUUUCCUGAUGAAGCUGAGGAUUGUUGCCCACACGCGCAUAGGGUAUUUCUGCUCCAUAAACUCAAUGGCAGACUCUGCAUGGUUUACGGCUGCUUCCAGAAGCACGAUGAUUUCUGGGUGAUGAAUGAGUAUGGGGUGGCUAGCUCUUGGGCCAGAGUUCGGAUCAGUGUGUCAUACAGUAACAUGAAGCCGCUGUGUUCGGUUAGGAACAAGGAGGAAACCCUUAUGAAACUAAAUGGGAAGUUGGUACUGUACAAUUUCCGGAAUGACACCUUUACAACAUUGCUCCUUAAAGGUGCUAAGCAGCGCAACAUAAUUGUGGCCGAUACAUACAUAGAAAGCCUCAUAUCGCCAAACUCGUAUGAUAGGGCUUAGCACGCGUAGGAGAACGACUUCCACGGAAUAAAUGUGUAGGAUGAAUUUCGUCAUCAUCGCCUGAUGAUGACGAUGAUGGUUCAUGAAGUAGGUUGUUGCAGAUACAUAUUUGGAGAGUCUUGUAUCAGGAGAAGAUAUGUGCUUCUUCAGUAAUGGAAUAACAUAAAUUUCAUUUAA